AUGGCGGGUGGUUGCCAAGGCAUCUCAGCGGGUCGGCUCGGAGUCGCCUACGCGUGCGUCAUUGGUGCCGGCGUCGCGUCCGUCGCCGGUGGACUGAUUAUUAUCGCUGUGCCGGUGAAGAAUAACCUCUUUCUUGCAGCAUCCCUAGCAUUUGCUGCUGGAGUCAUGCUCUAUAUUUCAGUGGUUGAUAUCUUCGCCGGCAAAUCCGUUGGGCAUUUCGCGGAGGCGGGAUACGACGACGCCUACGCUUUCACGUAUGCAUCCAUCUGCUUCUUCUGCGGAUUUCCCAUUUCCUGGGCCUUAGAUAAGUUAGCUGAACGCCUAGCGUAUCAGGGGAGCGAAGGCCCAAGCCCAUUGGCGCAUCAUCCCUCGACAUCUGCCCUACCUGAGAAGGUUCAAACGGACGACAGUACGUCAGUUGCAGGUGGUACUUUACCGCAACAACGUGCUCUCACGGAUGUGGAGAGCGCCGCAGACCUCGGCUCGCAGCGGCCGUCAGACAUGGACUCGGAACAGGCUUCAGUCAAGGCGGUGCGCUCCAGGAAGCUGAUACACAUGGGUAUCUUGGCUGCGAUGGCUGUCGCACUUCACAACAUGCCCGAGGGACUUGUUACCUUCGUAGGCUACAUGGACAGCAUCACGAGUGGUAUCACGACCGCCGUGGCAAUUGCCAUCCACAACAUUCCCGAAGGCAUGGUCAUAUCGUCCGCGGUCUACUUCGGCACUGGCCGCCGCGGCCGUGCCAUCUUAUGGGCCGCCCUAGCCGCCUUCACCGAGCCUCUAGGCGGCCUGAUCGGUCUGGCAGUCGUGUGCGGGGGAUCCAUGACUGAAACCGUCUUUGGCAUCCUGUUUGGGCUGGUGGGCGGCAUCAUGACGUAUAUCAGCCUCAAGGAGCUCCUUCCUGGAGCUAGAAGCUUCGAUCCAGAAGACCGGGUUACCACCGGCUUCCUGACGGCGGGCAUGAUCAUCAUGGCAUGCAGCUUGAUCGCAAUUGCGUUCUCGUCACCGUAG